AUGGACAUUAAAAGAUUCCCUCAGCUCGACCAUGAAGAAUUCACAGAGGCAUGCCACUAUCUAGAUCGGCAGUAUUGCCAAGCCAAGUUAGGAUCUGUCCGUCGCCAGUGGAAGAUGAGCCUCUGCACAUCCUUGGAUCUUACGUCGCAGUUUCCAAGUGGGCAGUCGUCCUAUAUACAGAUCAUUCGGCCAUUAGAGACGCCUAAUGACGACCUCAAUCUCUUAUCCACCAUGAAAGGAUUUUCCUUUUCAGAAACUGGUGGAGAAGGAGAGGGCACAUCUACAGAUGAUGAUAUGAUAGAGGCUGAAGAGGCUGACAUGCAUGUCAUAGAACGACGACCGUCACAUAGUGAUGUAGGCUACGUGACCUAUGAGAUUCAUUUACACCCAACAUACCAAGUCCCGUGUUUGUGGUUUUCUUUGCACGGGCUCCCGCCAGACGAGCCUGCCUUCAACAUUGACACUGUAUUCCGCCGUUUGGUCCCAGAUGAAUACAAGAGCGGCCUGCGCCAAGGAAUUGGCGGAAUCGGCGGUAUAUCGGCCGAUCAUCAUCCCAUCACGGGUAUUCCCACAUUCUUCAUCCACCCGUGCUUGCUGGGCGACGCUAUAACGCCAUUCAACUGUACCCGAGAGAACUAUUUAACGAUUUGGCUGGGACUUGUUGGUGGCUGUGUGGGAUUGUGGGUGCCAAAAGAAAUGGUGUCGUAA